GCCACCAGGUGUAUGUUGUGGGAAAGGAAAGGCUUGUCUUCAGUUUCUGGCAGCAGUCCUUCACUUCCAACUUUGAGUUUAUCUGUUUUUCCUUGCCAUAAAGCAAGCCUGAUUGCUCUGCGAGUGUUCCUUAAAUCUGCCAAAAUGGUUUUAGCAGAUCUUGGAAGAAAAAUAACGUCAGCAUUGCGCUCUCUGAGCAAUGCUACAAUUAUCAAUGAAGAGGUUUUAAAUGCUAUGUUAAAAGAAGUAUGCACAGCAUUACUGGAAGCUGAUGUUAAUAUUAAAUUAGUGAAGCAGCUAAGAGAAAAUGUCAAGUCAGCUAUUGAUCUUGAAGAGAUGGCAUCUGGCCUUAACAAAAGGAAAAUGAUUCAGCAUGCUGUUUUUAAAGAGCUUGUUAAGCUUGUAGAUCCUGGAGUCAAAGCCUGGACACCAACCAAAGGAAAACAAAAUAUUAUAAUGUUUGUUGGGUUGCAGGGAAGUGGUAAAACAACAACAUGUUCAAAGUUAGCGUACUAUUACCAGAGGAAAGGCUGGAAAACAUGUUUGAUAUGUGCAGACACGUAUAGAGCAGGUGCUUUUGACCAGCUAAAACAGAAUGCAACAAAAGCAAGAAUUCCCUUUUAUGGAAGUUACACAGAAAUGGAUCCUGUGAUUAUUGCCUCAGAAGGAGUUGAGAAAUUUAAGAAUGAGAACUUUGAAAUAAUUAUUGUUGAUACCAGUGGCCGUCACAAACAGGAAGACUCUUUGUUUGAAGAAAUGUUACAAGUUGCCAAUGCUAUACAACCGGAUAACAUUGUUUACGUGAUGGAUGCCUCAAUCGGACAAGCUUGCGAAGCUCAGGCUAAAGCUUUCAAGGAUAAAGUGGAUGUAGCCUCUGUUAUUGUGACAAAACUUGAUGGCCAUGCAAAAGGAGGAGGUGCCCUUAGUGCAGUUGCUGCCACAAAAAGUCCUAUUAUUUUUAUUGGUACUGGAGAACAUAUAGAUGACUUUGAACCAUUCAAAACGCAGCCUUUCAUCAGCAAACUUCUUGGUAUGGGUGAUAUUGAAGGACUGAUAGAUAAAGUAAAUGAAUUAAAGCUGGAUGAUAAUGAAGCUCUCAUAGAGAAGCUCAAACAUGGUCAGUUUACAUUGAGAGAUAUGUAUGAACAAUUCCAAAACAUUAUGAAAAUGGGACCCUUCAGUCAAAUCUUGGGUAUGAUCCCUGGUUUUGGAACAGAUUUUAUGAGCAAGGGCAAUGAACAGGAGUCAAUGGCAAGACUAAAGAAAUUGAUGACAAUAAUGGACAGCAUGAAUGACCAAGAACUUGACAGUACAGAUGGUGCAAAGGUUUUCAGUAAACAACCAGGAAGAAUCCAAAGAGUAGCAAGAGGUUCAGGUGUUUCUACCAGAGAUGUUCAGGAGCUUUUGACACAGUAUACCAAGUUUGCACAGAUGGUAAAAAAGAUGGGAGGUAUCAAGGGACUCUUCAAAGGAGGUGACAUGUCAAAGAAUGUAAAUCAGUCUCAGCUGGCCAAAUUGAACCAGCAAAUGGCAAAGAUGAUGGAUCCAAGAGUUCUUCACCACAUGGUGUGUGAUUUCCUUGGGGAAAAGAUUGCAUCUGUUUUGGGGAUAAGUACACCAAAAUACCAGUAUGCCAUUGAUGAGUAUUACAGGAUGAAGAAGGAGGAGGAAGAGGAGGAGGAGGAGAACAAAAUGUCAGAAGAAGCAGAGAGAUGUUAUCAAGAUCAGCAGAACAAGUUACAGGAUGAGACACCUGUCCAGACAGAUCAACCUGAGGCAAUGUCAUGUAGCUCGUUUGUGAACCUCAAUUUUGAAACUGAGGGAGACUGCCAAUCAAUUGUGGAAAGUAAACAGGACUUAACUCCUGUCCCUACUUAAAACAUAUGUCUCCUAUGUAAUGUAAAAUGUCCAGUUUUUUAAACUGGCAAUAAAGAUGUUGGAAAAUUCUUUCUAUACUUGUUCAUAGGAACAAACUCUUAAAGCUCAUAGUGGUCAGGAGAGAGCCAAGUAAUGUCUGUUCAGUCCAUAUCCGUCUAAUGAAAGUCUGCCAAACUGACCUGUAUAUUGAAACUGGUGGACUACAAAACAUCCAAUCCAAAUUGAAAGGCAGUGCUCUGAUCUUCCAUUCAGCAGGUAAAAUUGUCUCUAGUGUUUUCACUGAGCAUGUAGUGCACCUCUGACACCUGUGGAUUGAAGACAGAAUACUAUUUUUUACCUUUUAAUAGCCUGUUUUGUACUUAUACAAUAUUGUUGAAACUUAGUUCUCUAAGAAUAGAUUGUCUGACUAAUUGGAACUGAUUGUCUAUAGCUUCGCAAGGUAUCUUAAUGACUUCCAAAUUCACAAUUUCCCUAUUUAUUGUCACCAUUUAAUGUAUUUAUUUCUUAGUCACAAGCUUUAAACUAAAGGUGGCUCCACAUGUGCCUGAUGAAAAAAACUGCCUCUUAUAAAAGGAGGUUGCAAGCUCUAUUCAGAACUUGCUCAGCUAACUCUGCAUCAGCCAUGGAGGUUAGCAGUGCUCAGAUUAAUUCUGUUGCCUGGUAAAGAACAGUACUAGCAUCAGCUGUGUAAAGCACAUUUUCACUGUUCGUAAGGAAGAGGUUUAAUAGACAGUCAAAUACAUAGUCUCAAUAGGCUCUAAUAAUGGUUCUAGGAAGUAAAUUGAGAUUGGACUCCUGGGCUUGAAUUAAAAGCUGCAAUUGUCAAAAAUUGUUUUGAAGACAUUCUGUGUAAAGUAUUUACCUAUACCUAAAGUGUGCUAUUUGACUAAUUUUGGUCGUCUGGAGACUCGGUAAGGGGUGACUUCUUAAGGCACUGCUUAAAUGAUGCUGUAAAUUCCCCACAUUGUUACCUGAAUAGAAUAUUUGCAUGUCAUGAAAAAUAGCUUAGUGAGGAAUUCAUUUUUGUAACCAUUUUCUUUCAAGUAUUAAAAAAAGAAGAAAAUCAAAGAAAAUACAGGCUUAUUUUCAAUAUUAGUAAUGGCUUCCAUUAAAAAAAACAAAACCAAACCUGACUAUUACUCAAGAAUUAAGAUUAUUUUGAAAGGAUUUCAGGGGAGAGGAUUUAUUAUAAAAGCUAUUUAAGUGAGAUUAGGACAAGGCCUGUCUUAACAUUUCCAAUUUUACAAUUUUGUAUUGGCAAUGCUCCUGUUUCAAAAACUAGAUGUAAAUAACAAAUAAGGGGAGAACAGUUACCUACAGUAAUCGUCUUUCCAUCCCAGCUUACAAGAGAAACAGUUUAUGUCAGGACAAUCAGAUGUGACUGCUUUAGGAGGGCUCUCAGACAUCAUUGCAAAAUGUUCAUAAAAAGUGUCCCGUGUGGUCUAUACUCUUCCACUAAUUUUGUCAUGUGACUAAAAAUUAAUUUAAAUGAAAACCUCCUAGUCUUUAUUCAGGUUUCCUAAUGCUUAGGACACUUGAGUAAGGAUUUAUGCUCUGUAUGCUCUGCAUCUUAGCAGUACGGUCUAGAUGGAGUUGACAACUUAUUUUUGACUCCCUGGUCCCUAGAGGCUUCCAUAACCUGUGCCAGUCUCCCUUGACUAUGGUACUGUAAGCAACUCCUGUACAUCCACUUUAUCUGAGAUUCCAUAACUGCCUGAGGCAGCUCUAGAGUUUUUGUGCACCUUAUGUCUUUUCUGGUCCUUUUAUACUAUUCCAGCAGCCUAAAGGGGCUGAGACUGGAAGAGUACCUUUCCUUGUAUUCUAACCAGCAAAUCUGUUGCCUUGAGGCCCUGUUUGUUCUCUCUCAAAUUUUGACUAAAUUGGAUGCUGCUGGUUUGUUAACUGUUACUCUUUGGCAAUGAACAUGUGCAAGAAACAUCCAGUCAGCUAUGGAUGGGGGGGAAAAACCCACCUUAGAAACAGAUGGGGGAGGGACAGAAAAACUGAAUAGAGCUUAAGUUGUCAAAGUGGUAUCUUCUAAGGGCAAAGGCCCAUAGUACUUCUAUAAAUAAGAUCCGCUGCUGAGGGAGAAGCUGUGUUGAGCCUUUUCUGCCAGGAAUGUAUCAAUAUCAACUGCACUACUGUCAGUUUUCUUGUACUUUCUGUUGCAUUGACCAGGGAAUGCUCUCACUGCCAUGAGUUAAACUUAUUUGUAUGAAAUGGUGUAUGAUUCACUAUGCCUUAAUACCUUAAUUCUUCCUUCAGUUUAUGUAAACUGUAUAAAAGUGGUUACUUUAACUUCUGUAAAUGCAUUAAAUUACUGGUUAUUUUAUAUUUAAUAUAAUUUCAAACUAA